AUGAGUAAUUCCAAUCCUAACUUACAAACCGACAAAGGAAUAGUUGAUGGCCUUCAAAAGCCUAGAAUAGAUUUAAGUAAGCCUCGAUGGAGUCAAGAGACAUUUAUCGGCCGAUUUAAGCAUUUCCUGCAAACUACUGAUCCAAGAAAUGCCUUUGUAAGCGAGAAACAAUUGGAUGCGGCCAAAGACUUGGUACAAUCUUACAAGUUAGGUAGCGAACCACCUGGAACAACUGAGGAACAAUUAUGGCAUGCAAAAAAGUUGUAUGAUUCCGCAUUUCAUCCGUCAACCGGAGAGAAAAUGUUAACUAUCGGUAGAAUGUCCGCUCAGGUCCCUUGCAAUAUGACUAUCACCGGCCUAAUGAUGACAUUUUACAGAACUACCCCAGCAGUAUUAUUUUGGCAGUGGGCAAAUCAAUCGUUCAAUGCUGUAGUCAACUACACCAAUAGAAGUGGAAAAUCAAUGAGCUACAGUGAGUUAGCGUUGCCGUAUGUAUGUGCUACAACGGGUGCCGUUGGAACAGCUCUUGGAUUAAAUUCUCUUGUUAAAAAAGCACCACCUGUUAUUGGUCGCUUUACGCCCUUUGCUGCCGUUGCUGCUGCUAAUUGUAUCAAUAUCCCAAUGAUGAGGCAAAGUGAACUAACAGAAGGUAUAAUGGUGCAAGACAAUGAAGGAAAUAACGUUGGCAAAUCAAAGAAAGCCGCAAAAAAAGCAAUUGGUCAAGUGGUCUUUUCAAGAAUUAUUAUGUGCGCUCCAGGAAUGAUUUUACCGGCUUGGUUGAUGGAUAAAUUGGAAAAAGGAAAAUUUUUAAAGAGAUACCCUUACAUGGGUGGUCCAAUUCAAAUUGUGCUAGUUGGAAUAGCAUUAACUGUCAUGACUCCAGCUUGCUGUGCUAUCUUCCCGCAAAAAAGUUCCAUGGCUGUUGGUGAUCUAGAGCCAGAGCUCAGAACAGAAAUUGUUGGGCGCUAUGGAAAUAAAUUAGAGAGAGUAUAUUUCAAUAAAGGCUUGUAA